UCUUACGCGCCUUCCAGUACAUGGGUCUGCGGUGACAGGACACGCGUUAGUCGAUCCCGUCGGUUUGGUUGGUCGGGUACUUGGUGUCCAGCCAGGUCCCGCCGAUAUUAGGGGAUCCGGGUUGAGGACCGGCUGGGUCCGUGAGACUUUCCGUGAGCUACCACCAGGGGCUGAUGACGCCCAGGUUCAGAGAUACGCCCGGGCGUACUUGUUCUUCCUCAUCUCGGGCGUGUUGUUCGGGAAUAAGAGCGGGAGCCAUCUCCAGCUCAUUUACAUGCAGCUGUUGGACCACGACUGGGAUCAUAUCCGAGGCUACAGCUGGGGUAGCGCCUGUCUGGCGACGUUGUAUCGCCAGCUGUGCAGAGCAUCCCACGUAGGUGCUAACGAGAUUGGAGGUCCCCUGAUUGUCCUCCAGGUACCUCACUUAUUUCUGUACCAAAAAAACUAUUUCACCACGCACUUACAUAUUUCAUACUGAAGCUAGUUUUGUGUCUCUGUGUGCCAGUUCUGGGCUUGGGAGCAUAUCCAUGUAGGCAGACCAGGCAGACCUGCGAUACACCGUCGGGGGGAGCAGGACCAGGACGACCAGUACCAGGCGUACGAUGCUCCCCCGCUCCCUACACAGUUUUAGCUUUUUUGUUUUAACAUUGUACUUGUUGCGAACUAACAUAUUCAUAAUAUUACUGUUGAUGUGUAUUUACAGGUGACAUGGGACCCGUAUGUACCUGACUUGGUAGAUGCCAUGCCUCCACAUCUGCUAGACCAUCAGGCGGAGUGGCGUGCUAGGGUCCCCCUGAUCUGUUUCGAGGUUGUGGAGAGUCACCUGCCCGACCGAGUCAUGAGGCAGUUUGGACUACGCCAGACUAUCCCACAGGGGUGUGACACUAGUGUACAGCUUCACGGCAUUGAUCGUCGGGGAAAGGGGGAGACCAGCUGGGCGCUGGAGCAUUGGCGUUUCCUUCAGCUAUGGGAGCAACGGUUGGAGUUCAUCGUUGGAGGUGAUCUAAUGCAGGGGGCUAUGGAUCCCGACGAUCCGUACAUGGUGUGGUACAGGCGUAUCACACGACGCUUCAUCAACCCCAGCUACGCACCACCAUCCACACAUUACCAUCCAGCAUAUGACAUCAUUAGCGGAUAUGCGGCGGAUAUGGUGGCGAUGGUUGAUGCGCUAUCAGUCUCCCUUGAGUGCGGACCCACUAGAGCCCAGGUCGAGCAGGUGCGAGAUAUGGGCGUCGCUACCUUACGGAGAUAUGGUCACGCUCAUCUCGCCCACCGGCGGGACGGUCAUGAUGGCAACUCACAGUUCGAUCUCGGCCAGAGCAGCGGUGGAUGUGAUCCUACGUCACCCAGACACGCAGAGGAUUACAACAUCCACAGUACUGCGCCCUCUGGUACCCAGGAGGACCCCUCGUCCAGUCAGCUGACUCCCCCACCGCCCCGAGACCCAUUCACCACCGUCACUCAUUACAGGCGGCGACGUGUCAGACGGAGGGCCGACACUCAGGAGGCAGGACCUUUACCCCGAAUAAAUGAGUCGGGCUAGUAUUAUCUGUUGUAUUCCCUGUUAUUUUGUGUAAUGAUGUACAUAACACUUAUGAAAUUAAUAUAAUAAAUCUUUUUUGAAUGACUCCGUGUGUGCUUUGAAGUUAAUUUGGUGGUUGGACUGUUGUUGGGCUGUUUCGAGUUUUCUGCAGUGCUUAAAGUUGACGGAACUCCCAGAAUAUGGUGGUGGUACGUGGUGGGGAGUGGCGGAGUUGGUGGUCGACGGUGGUGGGGUAGGGCUGUGGAGCUGGCUGUUGUGGUGGCUGUUGGAGGACUGCAGCAUGCAAGCUGUUUGCUGAAGCUUGUUUUCUGCCUGGAUGCUGGUUGCUGUUUCCAGCAGAAAAGCGCUGUCUGAGACAGCGCUUUAUGUUCAAGCAUAAAGCGCUGUCUGAGACAGCGUUUUAUGUUCAAGCAUAAAGCGCUGUCUGAGACAGCGCUUUAUGUUCAAGCAUAAAGCGCUGUCUGAGACAGAGCUUUAUGUUGAACAUAUAAAAUAGUUGUAGUUGAAUUUUUUUUUAAAAAAAAAACCAGGGGUAAAACGCUGUCCGAGACAGCGUUUUAUGCUGGAAGCUUAGUUUGGUAAAUAGUUUUGCCACGCAACCAUUUUCGUAAAUAGUUUCCGUUUAAAGCUCAAUUUGGUAAAACGUCCAAAAUAUUAUGUCUCUCUCCUCUCAAGGUCCCUACCUAACCCUACUACUACUUUUUU